AUGGGUGUGCUGUUGCUUGUGCUGCUGCUGGGGCUGCUGAUCUUUCACAUAGGACUCUGUGUGAGGGCCAUGUUUAAGCAUUUCCUCACCACAGAUAUUCCGUCUGCCAUGCAACAUCAAGUGAAGAUGAGAGUUCUGCAUUGCUUGUUUCUAUAUGGGAUCAGUUUGGCAAACAUACUAGAAAAGAUGAGAAUUUGUUCUGUUCCCAGAUUUGUCCGCAUUAUACAAGGCAUAAUAUUCACAAAGAAGAAGGACCCUAAAUUGGUGGUGACCGACCUGCACUUUGGAACAAUCCCUGUGAGGCUGUUCCAGCCCAAGACAAUGUCCUGCAGCCCCCGUCGAGGCAUCAUCUUCUACCAUGGAGGAGGUGCUGUCAUGGGCGGGCUGGACUGUUACCACAACGUGUGUGCUUUCCUAGCUCGGGAAACGGACUCAGUGCUGCUGUCUGUGGGGUACCGGAAGCUACCAGACUACCAUUACCCUAUCGUUACCAGUGACUGUUUGAAUGCCUCUAUCCACUUCCUGAAGAGACUGAACACCUAUGGCGUAGACCCUUCCCGGGUUGUGGUCUGUGGGGAUAGCAUUGGAGGAGGGGUUAUAGCCCAAGUCAUCCGGGCCUUGAUGGGUCAAAAAGAUCUUCCCCAGAUCCGGGCUCAAGUCGUGAUUUAUCCAAUUAUCCAAACCAUCAAUUUCCAGUUACCAUCCACUCAGCAGAACAAAAGUGUUCCAUUCCUCACCUGGGACUUAAUGUUGAUGUUCCUUUGCAAAUAUAUGGCCAUUGACCUCUCCUGGCAAGAUGCUAUGCUGAAAGGAACUUUUAUACCCCCAGAAACCUGGAUGAAGUACAGGAAAUGGCUGAGCGCUGACAAUAUCCCCGAGAGUUUCAAGAACAAAUAUCAGGAAUCCCAGUUUCCUGGGCCUUUUAAUGAGGCUGCCUAUUUGGAAACCAAACAUCUGUUUGAUGUAGGAAAUGAACCCCUCCUAGCAGAUGAUGAGACCAUUGCUCAGUUUCCUGACCUCUUCCUAGUGAGCUGUGGUCAGGACAUUCUCCGCGAUGAUGCCUUGCUCUAUAAGAAGCGCUUGGAAGACCAGGGAGUCCCAGUGAGCUGGUGCCAUGUGGAGGACGGCUUCCAUGGAGCCAUGGUUUUAUUUGAUAAGCAGCCUUUCUCUUUCCCAUGCUCCCAGAAAAUUUUAAAUGCUGUAGUCAGUUACAUAAAGGGCCUAUGACAGCAACACUGGAACCAUGAGUAGU